CAUCUAUUUGUAAUUAUUUGGAUAGGACAUUUCUAAGAAUACAAAAUGUAAAUGAAAAUACAAUUUAGAUUUUUAAGAAUCAACUUAGAGGAUAUAAAGUGUGCAGUUGGUUUGUGAAUGAAAAAUGAUAAAUUAUAUUUUUAUUGCAAACAGGUUAGAACCGAUAAAGGAGACAAAUGAAUACCUUCUUUGAAAACUCUUUUUUAAAAGAUUUUUUUAAGCCGUGCAGUUGUUUUGGGGCACCAGGGCAAAAGCUCAGCUUCCUAACUUCAGUCAAAAAAUUUAUUAUCAGAAACAUUGCAAAAUGGGUGCUUUUCUUAGAUUCGUGAAUUGUUUCAUGCAUUUGAAGGUGAAAAAUUAGAAGUAUUGGAGUUUUAAGUUUGAUGCCUUAUAUUGUAUCAAGAUUCAUUUGACAGUUUAUUUUACUGGAAAUGCUGAUCGUAGCCUUUAGCUAUUGAAGCUGUCUAUUCCAGUACAUAAUGAAGGCAAAAGUGAUAUGUCUAAAACGCUUAGAAAAGUCUUUUCUGAUGUCAGUGAGAGACAUGAUGUGCAUAAUGCCCCAACUUUUUCUAAAUUACCUCUAUCUUAUGAAAUUUCCAUUUUGAAACAGAGCCACAUAGGCCAAAUAUCUAUUUUUUGUCCCUCCUACCUUGAAACCGUACCCGCAUCUAGCCCUGGGUACCAGGGCCUGAAAGCCGACGAUGCUGUAUUAUGGAUUAAUGUGAUGGUGACUUGUACAUAUUUCUGAGAAUAAUGAUAAUAUAGUUAGCAAAUAAAUUUAGUACCAGAAUGAGAAUAUAAUAGUUUGUUUGUAAAAAACAUGACGUUUCGAGCAUGUACUCGUUUGACUUGAUAACGAUCCUAAAGUCUUAAAUUCUUUGUGGUCAGAGAUGUUUAAAGGCACUAGGUAACAAUCGUAUGAUUGCUUAGUAUAUAAAACGUUAGCUUACUGGAGUUGCAUAUUUUCAUCUUAUGGUAAGAUGAAAACUGCGAUAUUGUAAGGGUAUUUAUUAUAGGAGGGAUCAAAAGCAUCUAUAAUGAGUGGAAGGUAAAAGAAUAUAUAUUGUUGUUUACUCACACGUGGAAUGGGGAGGGAAACGAUUUGAAAGCCGUCAAAUUGGUGGUUUUUUCAUUGAGCAUGUCCCCAAGAGUGGUGAAAUUAGGGAACGCAGAUUCUUGCAACCUUUAAUUAAAAAUUAUACAAUGAAAAUAAGAUACCAAUUGGUGGUAAUCAUUACGCAAAACAUCAAUUUUUAAUAAAGCUAAUAAAAUGCUGGUAGAAGAGCAAGGCGAGAGCUUGUAGGAAAGGAGGAAAGAGAUGACACUGAUCAGUUGUUUUUGGAGAUUCCCCAUAAACGGGCUGCGUGCCUGUGGAGGAGGAUGUGAAAGUGGGUCCAGAAAACGACAAAGAUGGCAGCUGGUGGAGAAUCAGAUCUUUUGAAUGUUUUUGAAUCCGAUCGACAGAAUUUGAUGAAACAUUUGCUGGAUGCCGUGAAACAAUGUCAAGUUCAGUUUGGUGGCAAGAAAGAGUUAGCAACAGAAAAAGAUAGUUGUGUACAGUGUCUUCUAGCUCAGUUUGAAAAUGCAUUUCUUCAUGGCUUAAAAAGAGGAAAGGUUUGGGGUGCAAUAAACUCCCUUUCGGAGCCUUUGAGGCAUGUUCCUGGCAUUAAAGUGUUAUCAGGCAUACCAGAGGCAGAGAUUACAUUUUGGCCCUUUCUGAAAGAAAAUAUGCCAUCAUCAGAAGUCCAGAGAUACAUGUCAAUCAAAGAGAUUACGACAGACUCAGGUCGAUGUCGAUGCUGGUUACGUUCCUGUUUCAAUGAAGCCUCUCUUGAACGCAGACUGAUCGAUCUACUUGCAAACAAGACUAUCCUAAGACAAUUCUAUGAAGAGUGGGCCUUAUUUCUGGACGAAGAAAGGUCAAGCACGUUGCCAGUUAUGGCACGAGGUCUUGGUUUCAUAUUGUUUGCUAUAAAUAUCGAGAAUGGCCAGUUGAAUGCUUCUUUAAAACAGCCAUCAUUUCCAAGAACAAACAUGGCUUUGGCCCCUGUGCAAACAAAGUCGAAGCAUGAUCCCUUAUCCGUGACAGUCGAAAAAGACCACAGCAUUGUCAACAAGAAGAAACGGAAGAAAAAAGUAAAACAAGCGACGAUUGAGGAAAUAGAAGUGCCAGAGGAUGAGCCUCCUAGUGAUCAAGGCAAGAAAACAAUUGAACAGCCUUUCAGCUGCAGGGACGAAGAACAGAUUAACUCAAGUAAUAUUUUAUCCACGCAAAGGGAUGAAUUACGAGAUAGCGGUAAAGCAUUUUCCUGUAUUGGGUCUAUUGAAGGAGACAGAAAUAAUGUUAAAGCUCACAGAAGAGCAACAAGUUUGGAAAGUUCAGAAAUAAUUAGACAUAAAAGGGAUUUGUAUGGAUACGAUCCCCAGGUUCCUAACGAUUUUGAAGUGCCAACCUUUGGAAUCAACCAAAAACAGUCGACUUCCGCUGAGAAUGUUGGAGCUACUAGGAUAGCGAGUAAGCGAGUGCAAAACAGUGUGACUAGGCCGUUGGGAGUAAACCCUGAUUACACAAAUAUCCUGUCGAAGUUAGUAAAUCUUAGCACAAGUUUUAAAACUUCGAUAACAUCUGGAUUUGGUCAGAAUAGUAAUGUUAAUAAGGAAGAUGAAAUUGUCCCUGAAAAAUAUCAAAUUGAUGUUAGUAAUGAAAAUGAGGACGUUGACAGUCUCUUUGAAGACGAAGAAGAUAUUUUUACAGCAAGAACGAAAUUGGAAAUGCGCGAAGAAUCACGGGAAGAGUCGCCUGUCAAAUCCUGCCCUGACGUCACUGAACCUGCCAUGUCUCUGAAUCACAAUCCUUCUACAGAUGGUUGUAGAAAUGAAAUUCGAAGAAACUCAAGUGAAUUAUUAGAUGAUGUUUUAGCAAAGGGGCAACCUAUAUCCUCCCGUAAGAAUACUGUGGAGGAAAAGAAUAUUGUAGUUACUAGUACCCCACCGCCAACCCCUGCGGGCUCCUUUAUUUCACAAAUCAAAAUUGAUAACAUCUCAUCUGUUGGACUUGAAGAGAGGCUGAAAGAGAUUCAACAUCAGAGUAAGCCUCAAAGCGAGACAAACAAUGUAAGGACCGAGGUCGAUGACAUGCAGAAUUAUGCAAGCGAAAACAAUGCAGAGAAAAAAGGAGGUGGUGCUGUAAGAGAGGAAUCGAGUAAGAUUGAUGAAGAUAAAGCCGACAGUGCGUCGGUCAGCUCAAGUAACACCGGGUCUGUGUAUGAUGACUUCGAUGUAAUGCAACCGGUCGGAUUCGAAAGUGAGAAAUUUGAGGGGAUGGUCUUAACGUACGACCGACAGUCUUCGCAAGCUACAAAUGACAUGUUGCAGUUGCUAAGGGCAUCAGCUGACGUAGAAUUGACUGAAGACAAAAAUGCUGAAAAAACUGAAGGGCUUGGAAAUAUUGUUAGACCCUAUUUAAAUGAAAAAUCGCAUAAUUCAACCGAUUGCAGUGAUUUGAGUACGGCCGAACUGAAGCAAGCCAUAUUAUCGACAGCGAAACGGAAGGAUGAAGUCGAAGAAAGAAACAGAGUUUUAAAGUUAGCUUUGGAUGAAGAAAGGGAGUCAACGAUGUCCCUAAGUAGCGAGAAUGAGACUCUUAAAAAGAGGCUAGAGGGACAGCAAGAAACCAAUGAGAGGCAAAUAGCUGAGGUUACAAGGGAAAAUGAAGUGCUGAGGAAUCAACUGAAGAAGUAUGUGGCUGCCGUACAGUUGCUUAAGAGGGAGAAUAAGAGCUUGUCGAAGGAGACUAAGCAAGCUAUCAGUACUUUGAGAGGCUAUGACGAAGAUUCGGAGGUGGUUUUACCCCCUCAGCCAAAGGAAAGAACUGACAGUGAAUUGGAUAGUAUAUAUGAAGAAAAGCUAAUUCAGAUGGCGCAACUUCAUGGUGAACUAAUGGAAUUUCAUGAAAGUCUUCAAAGGGAUCUAGUAAGAAAACAAAAUGUUAUAGCUUCAAUGAAGAGUGAACUUGUCAGCCUACGAGGACCACUGCCCGAAAGCGUGGAAGAUUCUAAUCAAAGUGACGUCACAGAAUCUCAUCAGACUAGACAAUUGAUAAACAUUUGGAUACCAUCUGUUUUCAUCAAAGGAAAGGGGUCAGAUGCUCACCAUUUGUAUCAGAUAUACAUUCGCAUUGGAGACGAAGAAUGGAAUAUCUAUCGCAGAUACUCACAGUUUCAUAAAACACACAUGACAACCUGCAAAAGUUAUCCAGAAUUGGAUAAAGUCAGUUUUCCACCGAAGAAAAUAAUUGGGAAAAAGGAUCUUAAGUUUGUUGAAGGCAGACGAAAAAAAUUACAAGAUUACAUUCGGAAACUUAUAAAUAUUAUCCUUGCGAAAAAUGUAUCCCUUGCCGAUUAUCCUAGCAAAGAGAAUCUUGAAAAGUCAUUACCAUUUUUUUCUGAAGAAUUUAACAAUGAUGCAAAGAAAACGAAAGAGAAGUCGAAAAAGAAACAAGCCAAACCCGCAGUUUAUACAGGCCUAUGAGGUUUCUUCGUUAGAGGGGCCCUAUAUCUUGUUUAUAAAGAUUUCGGGAAAUGAAAUUUUUAUCGUAAUUUCAAAAUGCUUGUCGUAUAUGGGAGAUCUUCUCAGCAACUUGUACAAUAUUCCAAAGUCCUCACCUUGCGUCUGCAACCAUAGACGAUUUAAAUGGUUCUUUGUCGAAAAUUCACUGUUUUAAAAGGCAGUCAUUCUAAAUAGGAAAGGUGUUGCCUUCAACAAUGUGAUCACUAGAGAGAAAGUUACAGUGACAAUUUAGUUUUUUCGCAAUUAUCUGUCAAUAUAUGCGUAGAUAAUAUCAAUAUCAAUGACGUGGUUUUAACGGUUCUAGUACAGUGAAAUCUCCAUCGAAUGAGCACCUGUGGAGGAGAAGAGGGGGAAGGGAUGUUUGUUGUCUUGAGGUUAUAAGGCCUGACCAAAGGAAAGAAUUCAUUUGUCUUUUGUUGAGAUGUGUCUGUCAUUUUGAGGUGUUUUGAGAUGUCCAUCGAAUGAGGCUUCACUGUACCCUGUUAUUAGACUCAAGGCAUCAUCGCGCGUGUCUUGCCUUCAGGAAAUACAAAUGUCACGAAAACGUAGAUUGAAUUCCGAUGGUGUGCUUUUUGUUUACUAGAUAAGAAUGUUAGUUUAAAAAUUCUUUUUCUCAUUAGGUUGAUUUGAACAAUUCUUUUGCGGUACAAAUUUUAACAAUGGCUUUGAAAAAUGUUUGUGUUUUUCAAAGCCAUUUUGAAUUGAUGUAUUACAUCUUCUUUAUCUAAUUUUAUUAUUUUAAAGGGUUUACUUUGUCAUAAUUUUAAGUUUCAGCUAGAAGCAACCGAGGAUCACGAUUUACUUAAACCCCUUAGCAGAUAUAUUACAAAUAAUCAGACAAUUUUAAUGCUUAGUUUUUUCUAAAUUCAAAAUAAUUAAAUUCUUAAUAUUGUUUUUGUUUUUUCUGACAACAAAUUUAUUUUUACAUUUUAGCGAUAUCAGACCUUUUGUGAUUGUCAAGCCGAGAACCUACUCCAGAAUAUGAUUCGCGGAUUGGGUAAAAUUUCGUGUUGCGCAAGCAUUAUGGACACAAAAGUGGUCACAUGACUAGAUUUUUUUGACCCGCGAAGGAUCGAAACCGAUCGAAGAAGUUAUGUCACUUUUUGCGAACCGUUCCGGUACAGUAGUUUUCUACAGUAGUAAGGCAAGAUCCCAUGGAGAUAUCCACCAUAAUCAUUCUAGCACGAUACGACCCGCAGAUUGAACAGGGCGGACCAGACCAACUAGAUCCGAUGCAGGAUUCCGGAGUGGGUUUUCGGCUUUAUGCCAACUGAAUUCAUUUGAAUUUUUAAACUAAUUAACAAAUUUAUUAAGUGAGAUGUACUGAAAAUUUACCAUGUUUCACCCAUCGUAAGAAAGAACAAACUCCCUUUGCUGUUUGUGUAGAAUUAUACCUUAGGAUAUCAUCGGAAACAGAUUCGUCGCAGGGCUUGCGCCAUAGAUCCUAAACUGUUGGGGUAGCAACUAUCAAUGUAAAGAAAGUUUCCUCUUACCCCCUCUAGCCCCAAUUAUGGCAAACAUUUUGAUGGUGCUGUUUUACUUGUGUGCUUUGGUUCAAUGUAUUUGCUGUAAUAUAAAGGUUUAUCUGUAUUUGUAAUUAAGGCUGAUUUUAUUAUAAUAUUGAGCGAAAAAGUGGGGAGGUCGUGGCCCCGUGGCUCCCUGAUCCCCAUAACCCCCCAUUUGUCGCGGACCGUGCGUCGUAAUUCAAUAAGUCCGAUGAUUUAUAACUCAUUUAAAAAUGCGGGGCUUCAGAGCAUUUCCUAUAAGUGCUAUCAAUUUUUAUCGCAUAUCAGAAUUUUUCUGGUCUGAUAAGAUCGGACAUGUGCUAGUUUGACUCUCACCUCCCCAUGUAACGCUUUCUUUGGCAAAGAUUCACUUAGAACCUUAUAAAUGUGUGAAAGGAUUCAGGGUCUUCGAUGAUACCAAAAUAUUUUAAGCCCACACGUAAUUGCUGUACCACAUGGGCAAUAAUUCUUCUAGACACGUCGAGAUUCUAAUGCUAUUUCAACGAUUGUAAAAUCUGUAAAUAGGUAGUAUUGUGUAUAAUCAAAUUUUAAUGAUCAAUUUUUUAGAUUGGUGGAUAAAGAAAUGUUGAUUGUGACAACGUGUUGUUUGUCAUAGGAUAUCAAGGGUUUGAAAGCCCGAAUCUUCCUUUCUUUUGACAGAAACGCAAAUUUCAGGUAGAUAUUGGAAGAGUUAGAUAGAUACGGUAUAAGGAACACAGUUAAGAUUGGUUGCAAUCUUACUUAGAUCAAAGCAAACAAUUUUGCUCAGUUAACGGUCAGCGAUCAAUGACAAGCGAGGUAGGGAAGGGAAUGGUAUACCUCAGGGCUCCUGCUUAGGCCCUCUCCUUUUUAUCGCAUAUAUGAAUGACCUUGAAAAUUGUUCAAAUAUUCACAGACUUGUAUCUAUGCAGAUGAAACAUAUGUCACAAUCGUAUCGAAUGAUAUUAAGAAGCUGGUCUUCGAGGCGCAACCGGAAUUGAUCAUCCGCUCUUUAAGACCACUAAUAGUGGAUGAGAAUCAAUAAGUCCGAACCCUGCAGAUAUGGAGGAUAUGAUAAUAGUCCAUUCUAGUAAAGUGAUUCAAUGGCAUUGAUAUUUUGGCAUAUGUACCACACACAUUCGAAGAAGAACUCCCGAGUAAUUUUGGAUUUCCUCUGGAUUUGUGGCAAUGCUUCCUUUUGCAAUAUUGUUUUGUGCACUAUAGAGAUUGGUUUGAUCUGCUAUCAAACUGAUUAUAUCAUCAUCAAAAAAUCUUUGAAAUACUCCAGUGGAGUCUGAACUUCAUUUACCUCAGGUGCGAUCUGCACAGUAUGUUCUGUGUUUAUUGAUAAGGGUUGGUUGUUGGUGUAUCUGUAUGACCUUUCAUUCCUUUAUUCUUAGAGGUUUCAAUUUAUUGCCUUUACCUCCUUGUACAGACUCAAUUUAAGAAUUUUCACUGCUUUCCUUAUCAUCAUCUUGAUUAUCACUAUCCCCAAAAUCAAUCACUGAAUGAUAUGUGGUAUCGCUAAAUAUUCUGCUAGAAUUUUCAUCAAUAUAUUUGAUGCUGGUGGCCAUUUGUAAAUCCUAUAAAAAGGGAUAAAAAAUUGGAAGUACAUCUAAAAUUUCGUAGAAAAGACAAGAUUUUCCCCGAAACAUAUCAACAAAAAGGAAGUGUAGUUCCCCUGAAGGCCUAGGCUAAUAGUUUUGAAUUUUAUGAAAAUAGAAUGAAUUUUUGGCAAUAAUAUUUGCAUGAAAUCUCUUUGAAAUGUCUAUCUCUUUGAAAAAACAACUUUUGGUCGAAAAGCGGUUUAGUUGGAAGCUGCAAGUGAACAGCUGAUUAGCGGGUGGGCCUAUCAACUGUUGUUGCUGCCAGAACCUUAUGCGACCGGAAGGACCAUAUGGCCCAGCGAGUAAUUUGAAGAAAAAAUGUGAAAAUGUGCGAACAAAACUAAACAAGCUAUCAAAUAUCAUUGCAUGAUACCCUUAGCUUGUAAAAAUAUGUUUCUCCUCUAAGAUAAUGCUUAUCUUCUUCCCUUCUUAAAUUAACAGAAAUGUCACUCCAAGCUCAAUGCAAUCGCCAUCACAUAACAUCAUCUGGGAAUUUUUCUGUUGUUGCAGCUGUUCAAAUUGAGUCAUGAGAGGAAAGUACAACAACUGAACAACAUAUUACGUCAUUUACCAUUGAUUCUAAGGGAUCUCCAAAGAAAAUAAAGGGCAAAUGUUCUGCUGGGCCACAUGGCCCUUCCGGGCGUGCCAUAAAAGCAAAAUUUCUAGAUGUCGAUAAGCAUCUAAAGUGGGAUGAGCAAUACAAAGAUGUAACAAGAUAAUUUUGCGGAGGGCUUGUGUCAUCAAAGAAAUAUGAAACAAUACAAUUCCCAAAAAAUGCUUUGUAGAGUCUUCUACGCUACUGUCAAAAGUGACCAAAAUACUUUUCGUCCGACGCUCCUCAAGUCGGAUAAUGUAGCUUUUAUAGGGUUUACCUGCCAGGAAUCACUACUAUGAUGUAAAUAGUUAAGAUCUAUUUACUUGGCAAAUUCUAUAUCAAAGUCAGAGGACUGUAUAAUUUCUAAUUAAAUUGCAAGAUAAAGUAUAAACAUCGGCGAAUAUAAUGACAUAAACAACCACGAAUUAUUAAUCAGAGAGAAAAAUUAACGUCCAGAGAGAAGAAAUAACGUAAGAAUUUUAACGAAGUCACCUCGGUCCAAUAAGGUCUUGAUUUAGUACUAUUCUAAAUAUUGUUCUUUAUGUGAAUCGUUCCAUCGAUCUUCUUUCCUCUUGAUUGGCGUUCGGAUCUGUCGAGAGAGAAAUAGAGAGAGAGGUAGAUAGGAAGGAGCGCUCACAAUUUCUUACAGCUUUUUCUCAUACAGAUAAUGGGAAAAGAGUUUUGACUGCUUUGCUUUUGAAUCUUAGAGCGACGUUCAAAUUGAUUUUCGUUUAAUCCCGACUAUUAUUCCCUUUAAAUAAAGCCAAAGGUUCGUCAUGUGAAACAAAGCCUCUUGAAGAACAGCAUUUUAGAUAUUAAUUGAUUUUUUAAAUUAAACUUAUAUUUUCAUGGUUUAUUAAGAUUGAAUUAUAAUUAAGGUUUCAUCGUGUAGAAAAAACUGUUAUUAUUUUUAUUGUUCGAUCCGCCAAAUCCACCGUCCCUAAAUUCUGCCCUGUAGGCAAUGAUAUGUAGCAACAAAAUGUGAUAUAAGCUUGGUGGCCUUUUGUGGACAGACCAGAUACAUAGGAAAUCUUCAGGAUUUGAAAGCAAAGCCCUCAAGCAAUAAAGUUAACGAAUAACACGUCUUUGUUGUAAUGUGAUGUGCGGUUAGAUAUGUUCUCUUCAUGGACAAUUAAAUGUGUAACUGAAGAGAUGAGGAGUUUGAGAAAUUUUCAAGUGAGACAAAUACAAAGUCUCCAUUCAUUGCAAAAUGAUACUUGUCAUCAGUAAUUACAAGCUUAUCUAUGGUUUUUGUUGAAGGUGAUUUUCAGAAAAAUGUCUUUAAAAACCAGUAAUCUCAUUUCAAAUGUAUUGCUAAGAAAUGUCAACUUGUGAUUAAGAAACUUUGUUAUCAAAGCACGGUGAUAUAAAUUCUAGGUAAAAUAAACGCAAAAUACAUAGUUCUCGUGAUUUAAAAUGACAUUUGGAAGGGAACUCGUCUAGUAAUAUCAGUUCAAAGCAUCAGCAAACUUUGAUAUUUAAUGGGAGGUGUUAAAAUAUGCUAAAAUCGAUGAAAGCUGGUCCAAAGUUUAGUUUUGCUUCACAGGGAAAUGAUAGCCACGUUAGAGUCCUGUUAGCUCAUUAUGCUUCCUCCAAUUCUAAAAGAUAUCUAUCGGAUGCAAAUCCUAUGCAAGGAUGUCUAAAACCAAGCAACUACACUCUGUUUUUAUAAGAACAAUGUUAUAAGAACAUGAGCCUUAAAUUUGGUCAAAAGUUACAACAAAUUAAGAACAAGCUAAGGCUGAGCUAUUGCAAAAUGUAAUUUUUAAUAAUUUUUCAUCUCCAAAACCAGGAGUAUAGUUGUAUAUUAUACAGGAGCGUAGAGAUAUUUUCAGAUUAUAAUACCGAAUACAUAUCAAGGAAAACUUAGGAUAUAAAAGACCCAGGUGAUACCCAUUGAUAGAAAUAUAUUGAAAGCUGAAACAAAUUCAUUCUCUCUUCUGAGAGUAAUUACUAUAAAAAUUGCUUGCAAUUUCUCUUUUUAUUUACAACUUUGUUCUUCCUUGUUGGCAAAAUGAUUCAUCGCAUCUACACCCACCAAUUCCACAAUUUUUCCUUAGGCAAAUUUAAAUGGUCUUUAAAGUGUCCCGCAUUGUACUAUAAAAUUUCAAAAACAGGAAAUAUUGGUGGAAUUUACUUAAAAAUUAUGGCACAAAAAUAUCAAUCAGAUUCUUACACAUGACAGAUUAAUUUCGAAUUCUAGCUCGUUUAAGUUGGUAAUCUCCGUCCACAGAUCCUCUCAACAGUCAUUAUCCCAGAAGCAAGGAAAUGAUCACUAACUGUGGCUUAGCCUUCAGAGCCUGUCCUUAAACAACCAAUUGGAUGCUUAUCGUCGUAUCCAGGUUGAUCCUGUUUAAACGUAACACUUUAGUAUAUUAA